AUGGCAUACAACUCCCUCCUCCGAAAGCGAGCCACUGACGAAGCAGCCAACUUUGUCGAACCAAAAAGACUCAGGCGUUCUAUUGUCGAGAGACCCAGCCUCAAGUCUGAACCCAUCACGGUUCUCGUCGGCAAGAAAUUGAAAGCGUUCAAUGUCGACAGAAGUAUCCUUCGAACCAGUUGUACUUAUUUCGACGACCAAGCCUACACGAAGAAGGGUAAAAACGCCAAACCCAAGCAAGUGAAGCUACCUGAUAUCACCGUCCGAGCCUUCGAAAUAUACCAGGCGUGGCUCCAAACCGGCGGUUUCUACAUCAUGGAGGAAGAAGAAGCCCCUACUCCUCCUUCGACAAACCCUCCCCUGGCAAAUGAUCGCGCACUCCGUUCUGACAAGGAAGACGAUGCCACUGAAUCUCGGCUGAAGAAAGAACGUGAGGCUCGUGCCGACGAAGAGGCUGCCAAGUGGCGUGAGUGCUACUUGCUCGGCCAUGCGAUCGAGGAUAAUGGUUUCCAAGAUGCCUGCAUCGACUUGGCCCAGGAAAAGAUGGUUUCUGAAUCCGGCAAGAUGAUGGACCUGACUGAGAUGUACACCAACCUGUCAUUCAGCGAUUAA